GGCAGCAAGAGAAGGCGGCGGCGGCGGCUGGGGAUCAGACAUGGCGGCGGAUCUGAACCUGGAGUGGAUCUGCUCCCUGCCCCGGUCCUGGACUUACGGGAUCACCAGGGGCGGCCGAGUCUUCUUCAUCAACGAGGAGGCCAAGAGCACCACCUGGCUGCACCCCGUCACCGGCGAGGCCGUGGUCACCGGACACCGGCGGCAGAGCACAGAUUUGCCUACUGGCUGGGAAGAAGCAUAUACUUUUGAAGGUGCAAGAUACUAUAUAAACCAUAAUGAAAGAAAAGUAACCUGUAAACAUCCAGUCACAGGACAGCCAUCACAGGACAAUUGUAUUUUUGUAGUGAAUGAACAGACCGUUGCAACCAUGACAUCGGAAGAAAAGAAAGAACGACCUAUAAGCAUGAUAAAUGAAGCUUCUAACUAUAAUAUGACUUCAGAUUAUGCGGUGCAUCCGAUGAGCCCUGUGGGCAGAACUUCACGGUCCUCAAAAAAAGUUCACAAUUUUGGAAAGAGAUCAAAUUCAAUUAAAAGGAAUCCUAAUGCACCUGUGGUCAGGCGAGGUUGGCUUUAUAAGCAGGACAGCACAGGCAUGAAGCUGUGGAAGAAACGCUGGUUCGUGCUCUCUGACCUUUGCCUCUUUUAUUAUAGAGAUGAGAAGGAAGAGGGCAUCCUGGGAAGCAUACUAUUACCUAGUUUUCAGAUAGCCAUGCUUACCUCCGAGGAUCACAUUAACCGCAAAUAUGCUUUUAAGGCAGCCCAUCCAAACAUGCGGACGUAUUAUUUCUGCACUGAUACAGGAAAGGAAAUGGAAUUGUGGAUGAAAGCCAUGUUGGAUGCUGCCCUGGUACAGACAGAACCUGUGAAAAGAAUUACCUUUAAUUUCCGAGUGGACAAGAUUACAUCUGAAAAUGCACCAACUAAAGAAAUCAAUAUCUUUCCCAACCAUAGAGUGCUAAUUAAACCAGAGGUCCAGAAUAACCAGAAAAACAAGGAAAUAAGCAAAAAUGAAGAAAAAAAGGCAUUGGAAGCUGAAAAAUAUGGAUUUCAGAAGGAUGGUCAUGAUAGACCUUUAACAAAAAUUAACAGCGUGAAGUUGAAUUCUCUGCCAUCUGAAUAUGAGAGCGGGUCAACGUGCGCAGCUCAGGCUGGACACUAUAGGCCAGUUAAUGUGAAUGGUUCUGAGAAUAAAACUAUCAACGUCAGCCUGGCAGAUCUUCGUGGUGGAAAUCACCCAAAUACUGGGCCCUUACACACAGAGGCUGAUCGAGUCAUACAGAGGACAAACUCCAUGCAACAGUUGGAACAGUGGAUUAAAAUCCAGAAAGGGAGGGGUCAUGAAGAAGAAACCAGGGGAAUAAUUUCAUACCAAACGUUACCAAGAAAUAUGCCGAGCCACAGAGCCCAGCUUAUGGCCCGCUAUCCAGAAGGUUACAGAACCCUCCCCAGAAACAGCAAGGCCCGGCCUGAAAGCAUCUGCAGUGUAACCCCUUCCACUCGUGACAAAACAGUAGGACUUGGCGCAGAAGAGAAGCGGAGAUCGAUGAGAGAUGACACGAUGUGGCAGCUGUACGAGUGGCAGCAGCGUCAGUUUUAUAGCAAGCAGAGCACGCUCCCUCGUCAGGGGACUUUGACCAGUCCCAAGACCAUGGUUAACAUUUCCGAUCAGACGAUGCACUCUAUUCCCACGUCCCCUUCCCACGGGUCUAUAGCUGCUUAUCAGGGAUACUCCCCUCAACGAACAUACAGAUCGGAAGUGUCUUCACCAAUUCAGAGAGGAGACGUGACUGUCGACCGCAGGCACAGGGCUCAUCACCCGAAGCACGUCUAUGUGCCUGACAGGAGGUCAAUGCCAGCUGCCCUGACUUUACAGUCUAUUAGUCCCCAGAGCCUCCAAGGCAAAACGCCAGAGGAGCUUACGCUGCUGCUGAUAAAGCUGAGACGGCAGCAGGCCGAGCUGAGUAGUGUCCGGGAGCACACGUUAGCACAGCUCAUGCAGCUGAAACUUGAGGCCCACAGUCCAAAGAAUGAAAUUCUUUCACAUCAUCUUCAAAGGAACACCAUAUAUUUGGAUCAUCAGAUGAAAGAAAAUGAACCUAUUAUCACCAUGGUUCACACAAUGAUUGAGAACUCGGCGCUAAGACCUCAACUGUACCAGCAAUUCUUAAGACAGAAGAACCAGAUAAGUCUAUAUUGUCUGUCACAAGAUGAAUGUAGAGGCACAUUAUACAAAUACAGACCUGAAGAAGUGGAUAUUGAUGCCAAGUUAAGCCGGUUAUGUGAACAAGAUAAAGUGGUACAUGCUCUAGAAGAGAAACUUCAGCAGCUCCACAAGGAGAAAUACACGCUUGAGCAAGCUUUGCUAUCAGCCAGCCAAGAGAUAGAAAUGAAUGCAGAUAACCCAGCAGCCAUCCAGACUGUGGUGUUACAGAGAGACGAUUUGCAAAAUGGACUGCUUAGUACGUGUAGAGAACUUUCUCGCGCCACUGCCGAACUGGAACGAGCAUGGAGAGAAUAUGACAAGUUAGAAUAUGACGUGACUAUUACCAGGAACCAAAUGCAAGAACAGCUAGAUCGCCUUGGUGAAGUUCAGACUGAAUCAGCAGGAAUUCAGCGUGCACAGAUUCAGAAAGAACUUUGGAGAAUUCAAGAUGUCAUGGAAGGACUGAGUAAACACAAACAGCAAAGAGGCACUACAGAAACAGGUAUGGCAGGAUCAAAACCUUUCUCAACAGUUAAGUACAAAAGUGAGGAAGAGGAAGUAGUCCCACCUCGUCCUCCACUUCCUCGGUCCUAUGACUUUACAGAGCAGCCUCCCAUAAUCCCCCCUCUGCCCAGUGAUAGCAGCUCCUUGCUCUGUUAUAGCAGGGGCCCAGUCCAUCUGCCUGAAGAAAAGAAGAUUCAUCAAGUUCAAGGAUAUCCAAGAAAUGGAUCUCACUCUGGUCCAGAUUAUAGACUCUACAAGAGUGAACCAGAGUUAACAACAGUGGCAGAAGUUGAUGAGUCUAAUGGAGAAGAAAAAUCAGAACCUGUUUCAGAAAUGGAAACUUCUGUUAAAGGUUCCCAUUUUCCUGUUGGAGUAGUUCCUCCAAGAACCAAAUCACCAACACCUGAAUCUUCCACAAUAGCCUCCUAUGUAACCUUAAGGAAAACUAAGAAGAUGAUGGAUUCAAGAACGGAAAGACCAAGAAGUGCAGUGGAGCAGCUGUGCUUGGCUGAAAGUACCCGGCCAAGGAUGACUGUGGAGGAGCAGAUGGAAAGAAUCAGGAGACAUCAGCAAGCAUGCCUGAGGGAAAAGAAGAAAGGAUUAAAUGUUAUUGGUGCUGUAGACCAGUCACCCUUACAGAGUCCCUCAGGUUUAAGGGAUAAUCCGUUCAGGAUUACCCAGACUCGAAAAAAGGAUGAUAACAUUAAGGAUCUGGAUACUGCCGUUAAAGAAAACAAUAUAAAGCCAGACCACGAAACUCCUGCAGCAGAAAUUGUUCGACUAACGGAAGCUGAACCUCAAUGUACAGAUUUCAGCAAAGAGGUGAAAAAACCUGAGGACAUUUUUUCCAAAACAAUUUUCAAACCUGAACCAAAUGGAGUAAAUUCUGAGGAAGUGAUAGAUAAAGAGAGAAACAAAGAAAAAAUGCCUGAGGAUGCUUCAUUCAGCCCUCAGGAUGACACAGAGAUCACAAAUCAUAAAGCAGAAAGCCACCCUGAAGAAAAUAUAAAGGAUGAUAUUCAUGAGCAGGAAGAAACUAUUGCUUGUGAACAAACUCCUGCAGAGGCUUCUAGAGGAAAUCAAACGAUGACAGUGGAAAGCCCGUCCCCGUCUCCCGAGUCCUUGGCAUCGCCGGUGCCUGCCGCCCAGCCGCAGCUCACGGAAGGAUCCCAUUUCAUGUCUAUACUGACUUCUGUCAAAACCAUUCAGAGCUAAGGACGUGGACCUUCAGCAAUGUGAGAAGAUAUUGUACAGUAUAUUUUAAAUCUAUGAAAUUCAUAGUUCUGAUGCUUUUGGCUACAGAGCAUCAUUUUAUCACUUCUGGAAAAUGUUUAUUCCAAACAGCUUUAAUGGCUCAUAUGUACACUCCGUAAUCCUAAAGUUGUUGUUCAGACACCAGCUUGCUGCUAUGAUUUCAGAGCACAUCAGUAAAGGUGCUGUUUUAAUGUGCGGUCUCCAGCCAGAGCUCACUCAGUUGCCGAUUUCCAGAUUUUGAUAUUUCUAAAAUUUAGGUGGAUUUAUAUUUCUUUUUGCUUUUCAGUACAUAAAUUUAGUUAUUAUUUCCAACGAAGCUUGUUUUCCUUUCUUUUUUUUCCCCUUCCCAUUUUUGGCUACCGCAAUGCUUUGUUUCACACUUGAUUUGUAAAAAUUUUAUAUAUAUAUUUAAAAUGUGCCAUUUUAUUAUUGCUAAGUGAAGAAUGUCCUGUUUUCUGCUACUAUUAUUUCUCAGAUUGCAGUGUCAGCAGUUACUGCCACACACUUGUCAGCUUAAACACAAAUGUUACCGCUUCCUGUUUCUUAAAGAUACAAUUUAAAAUGUAGGUAUUUUGAGGUACUGGGCUUAUACUUCAUUGGGAUAGAUGUGUACAGCAAUAAGCAGGUUUUCAAAUCCAGUACUUAGUUUGUGUACAAAUGUAAUUAUGUUCAUUGUGUAUAUAUUAUACAAUGAGCACAUGUAAGUAUUAAAGGCUACCUACUAUUGUUUAAAUGCAAAUGUUCAUAUCUCAUUUCUUUUUUAUCAUGUUAAAUAAAUGUUGAUGUUCUUAAA